AUGUUCCAGCUUGUCGCAAAAGGUGGCGACAACGAGGGCCUUUUCCAUGCCGCCAUGGGCGACAGUCCGUCGAUGAGCUUCACUCCCGAGUUUGACCAAGCAUACGACGAAGGAAUAUUCCAGCAGUUCGCAGAUCUCGCGGGUUGCGCUGAUAAAGGCGAUGAUACAUUGGAAUGCCUCCGCGCGGCAAGCUCGCAAGCACUCACCCUCGCAGGAAGCCAGCUUCUCGCUGCACGCCCUUCAACCCUCUUCGUCUUCGCACCGAUAUUCGACGAGACUUUCAUCAACGAACGUCCCGUAGAAGCCUUCAAAGCCGGGCGCUUCUCCAACGUACCGGUGCUCUUCGGGUCCAACACCAACGAGGGCGCCAACUGGUCUGCAUCGCUCAAAGACGCAGCAGCAAACACUUCAAUGCCAAACGCGACGGAGGUCACCGUGUUCAAUUUCUUGCUAGGACAAUAUGCCAGUUUGACCAAUGAGUCGUUUGCUCGCGCGAUGGAUUUGUACCCGUUAGAGACGUUUGGAAACUCUUUCAGUUUACAAGGGCAGCAGAUGUAUGGAGAGGCCCGGUAUAUUUGUACAGCAGCCAUGAUAACUGGUGCUGCAGCUCAGAAAAACAAAGCAUAUCAGUUCCACUACAAUAAUCCUCACUUGGGAUCAAAUCACGGAGCGGAGCUGGAUGCAUUCUUCUCCCCGCCUUCAAACUCAGACAGUUCUGACCAAGAUCUCUUCUCAAAAAUGAGAGAAUUCUGGACAUCAUUCGUCACCACAGGAAUACCUACCUCGACAGACAGCACCACUUGGACGCCUGUAAGCGACAGUCUUGGUAAUCCACGCAUUCUCCUCCAGCCCAAUGGCAUUGCUAUGGAGCAAUUAGGAUCACUCAGCGAUAGAUGUACUUUCUGGCAUAGUCUUAGCAGUGAGAUCCAGACUUAA